AGACUUCUUAUUUGGGCGGACGUCCCACCCUCCGGCUGUUUCGGGCGACUGAGGCCCGGCCGCAGAAGUGAUGGCGGCUUUGACCGAUGUGCAGCGGCUACAGUCCCGAGUGGAGGAGCUGGAGCGCUGGGUGUACGGGCCGGGCGGGACCCGGGGCUCCAGGAAGGUGGCUGACGGUCUGGUCAAGGUGCAGGUGGCUCUAGGGAACAUCGCCAGUAAGCGGGAGAGGGUGAAGAUCCUCUACAAAAAGAUUGAAGACCUGAUCAAGUACCUGGAUCCUGAAUACAUCGAUCGCAUUGCCAUCCCUGAUGCCUCAAAGGUGCAGUUCAUCUUAGCAGAGGAACAGUUCAUCCUCGCCCAGGUGGCGCUCCUGGAACAAGUGGACGCCUUGGUGCCCAUGCUGGACAGUGCUUCUAUCAAAGCUGUUCCUGAGCACGCUGCCCGCCUGCAGCGCUUGGCCCAGAUCCACAUCCAGCAGCAGGACCAGUGUGUGGAGAUCACUGAGGAGUCCAAGGCUCUCCUGGAGGAAUACAACAAGACUGUAUCUUUUGUGCUAAUGGUCCUUAAUGACUCCUGUUGUUACCUUGACUUGUGACCAGACGAUGCUGCUCUCCAAGCAGUUUGUCCAGUGGGAUGAACUACUCGGCCAGCUGGAGGCUGCCAAGCAACUGAAGCCAGCAGAAGAGUGACGGCUGCUUACCAUGCCUGGCCAGGGAAAGGCGGGCAGGCUCCAGCACCCGGGGCCAAGCUGCCUGUAUGAGGCAGGGACGGCUUUGUCUGCACAGAAUUCAGAGACUGUCUGCCUGUGCUCAGGGACGGCUCUGAGGUCAGAGGUCAGGUCCCCUUAGAGUCAUGAUUUGCACUCCCAUCAAUGUAUUUAUUCCAAUGACAAUAAACUGUAGAGGCCACCGAA